AUGCCUCCUUCUCUUUUGCCCGUUGAUAAUUCCACAACCUCAUUUUGGAGGUCGGACCCACAUGCUCUGGACAACCAUCGAUCAACUCCUGAACUCCCAUCUCAGGUUGACAUCGCCGUUAUCGGCUCUGGAUAUGCUGGUGUUGCGACAGUCUACAACAUUCUAGAGCAGUGCAAGGCAAAGGGCAUUUCACCACCUAAAAUUGCCAUUCUUGAAGCCCGUCAAGCAUGCUCCGGGGCCACCGGCCGAAAUGGCGGUCAUCUCAAGCCCGAUCCUUAUAGCAGACCCGCCGGCUUUGUUCCUACCCAUGGCGUUGAGGCAGCAGCUGAGGUGGCCGAAUUUGAGGCCAAGAACCUCACCGCUGUCAAGAAAGUCAUUGAGAAGGAAGGAAUUGAUUGUGACUUUGUCUACACUCGGGCAAUUGAUGCAUUAAUGUCUGAUGACAUUUUUCAGAAGAUUAAAUCCGGCGUAAAGUUGUUGAAAGAGAAUGGAGUUUCUACCAUUGACGAUGUGCACUUUGUCGAAGGGGCGAAAGCAGAGCAGUUCUCUGGUGUCAAAGGAGCAAAGGGCUGCUUUUCUUACACGGCAGGUCACCUGUUUCCAUACAAGCUCAUCGUUGGACUGCUCUCCAAAGCGCUCGACGCCGGUGUCAAUCUGCAAACAAAUACGCCUGUCUCUAAGGUCACCAGAAUACCUGACUCAGACGGCCUCUUGACGAUAACAACUCCCCGUGGCGAGAUCCGUGCAGCGAAGAUCGUGUACGCGACCAAUGCAUACACCUCAGCCAUCCUGCCCGAGUUCACCGAUAAGAUUGUCCCGGUACGGGGAAUCUGCAGUCAUAUUGUACCUGGCAAGAGUCCAGGGCCCUCACUAGCCAACUCUUAUAUCAUUCGUUGGUCGGAUACGAAAUACGAGUAUCUUAUCCCUCGAACAGAUGGAAGUAUUGUCGUUGGUGGCGCCAGGUCGAUGUACUACCAUGAUCUGGAUAGCUGGUACAAUAACGUGAACGAUGAUAGCUUGAUUGAUCUUGCAAAACAUUACUUUGAUGGAUAUAUGCAACGUGUUUUCCGUGGAUGGGAAGACAGCCGUGCGAUUACAAGCAAGGUUUGGACUGGAGUGAUGGGAUAUUCAUCCGACGGUUUGCCCCAUGUCGGUCAGAUUCCUGGAAGACAAAAUCAGUUUGUCAUUGCGGGGUUUAGUGGUCAUGGCAUGCCGCAAAUCUUCCUGUCAGCUAAGGGAGUUGCGUCGAUGAUCAUGGAUGAAGCUGAUUACAAGAGGUCUGGUGUCCCAAAACUCUACCAAGCAACGCAGGAAAGACUCGACAGUUCUAAGAACACGAUCCUGGAUAAUUGGGAGGCUGUUCAAAAACGAGAGCAGGCGAGCAAGCUGUAG